AUGCAAGGAUAUCAACGACAACUAAUCUUCUGCACUUUAUUCAUUAUAAUUACAUAUGCAACAACAACAAAGAUCAAUUACUUCGAGGCGAAGCCUCCUCUUGAUAUUGUUAAUGCUUCUUCUACAAUUUAUGAUACUCAUGUCGAAUUAUGGGCAAAUGUAACAGAAUGUCCAGAUCCAUCAUGUUCAUGUCAAGUGACUGUUGAUCCAGCAAAAGUUAAUGCACAACCUUUAGUUUUUUUUACAGUAAAGCCAGAUAUAGGCUCUGUGAAGAUUCUCAAUCUUGAACCGAAUACACAAUACAAAUUUACUUUAAUUUGUAAAGCCACUGAUAAUGAUGUCACUAAGUCAUAUGAUACUAAGACUGAUUUUGGUACUCCAUCAGCACCACAAAAUGUUAAACAAUCAUCAGUUCCCAAUGGUAUUCACGUAACUUGGUCAGCUCCAACAAUCGAGGGCUCAGUUACUAAGUAUAAAAUAACUAUUGAUAAUAAGUUAGUUGCGGAUGAUAUACCGAAAAAUCAAACUGUAUAUGAAGUACCUUCACAAUAUGGAGAUGGUGUUGAACAUACAAUUGCUGUUCAAGCUUGUUAUGAGAAUCUACAUGGUUUUGUUUCUUGUUCUGACUCAAACACAAUUAAAUUCACUUUUAUAACAACAACAAAACCAACACCAACACAAACACAAACACAAACACAAACACAAACACAAACACAAACACAAACACCAACACCACCAACAACUACAUCGACAGGCGCUCAUUCUUAUCCUACAUCUGUUUGCAUAAUUAUCUUUUCUCUUUUUCUUUUCAGUAAAAUGAAAUUUUAA